AUGGCUAGUAGCGCGAUUUCAUCGGAGGAUGAGUACGAAGAGUUACAUUCUCGGCGAUUUGAUGACAGUUAUAGUUUGAGCGCCGACGUCAGCGAGUCGGAGAGCUCGUCUUCGAGUACAAGCACUUUUUCUUCGGAUCCUCGGUUGGCUUCGACUACGGUGACGUCUUCUCCGCUUGAAUUGACUUCAAAUUCUGCGUUUCUGGCAGCUCCGCGGGUAAUGUUGCCGGUAGUUGGAGGCAGACACGUCAUUCUUCCGGCGUCAAAGUCGGAGAGAGAUAAACCCAAUGGACUUGAAUUAUCCGAAACUGAAUUGAUGAAGGAAAGGUUUUCUAAGCUGUUGCUAGGAGAAGAUAUGUCAGGCGGAGGGAGGGGAGUAUGCACGGCUCUGGCAAUCUCCAAUGCGAUUACUAAUCUUGCUGCUACUGUGUUUGGGGAGCUCUGGAAGUUGGAGCCCUUAUCCCCACAGAAAAAGUCGAUGUGGAUACGAGAGAUGGAUUGGCUUUUAUGUGUGAGUGAUUCCAUUGUGGAGCUCAUUCCAUCAGUGCAAGAAUUUCCAGGUGGCGGGACCUUCGAGGUUAUGAUGUCUCAACAACGAUCUGAUUUAUAUGUGAAUCUUCCAGCCCUCAAGAAAUUAGACGCAAUGCUAAUAAGCAUCUUGGAUGGGUUUUGUGACACUGAGUUUUACUAUGUUGAGCGCGGGAUAGGUGUUGCUGAUGGGGAACACAUUGAAGCAAGUUCCCAAUUCUCACGGAGGCCUUCCAUAUCUCAUGAAGAAAAAUGGUGGCUGCCUUUCCCAAAGGUCCCGCUGAAUGGUUUGUCUGAGGAAACAAGAAAGAGACUGCAACAAUGCAGGGAGUGUACAAAUCAAAUUUUCAAAGCUGCAGUUGCAAUUAACAGCAGUGUGCUGUCAGAGAUGGAAGUACCACAAGUUUAUUUGGAGAGCUUGCCCAAGAGUGAGAAGGCUUGCUUGGGUGACAUCCUCCACCGUUAUAUAACUGCUGACCAAUUCUCUCCUGACUAUCUUCUUGAUUACCUGGAUCUUUCGUCAGAAUAUACCACUCUGGAAAUAGCAAAUAGGAUUGAGAGUGCUGUACAUUUUUGGAGGUUGAAAUGUCAAAAGAAGAAAUUGAACCGUGCAAAAACUGGGUCAUGGAGUGGAACAGUGAAGGGCCUUGGUGGUGAUAUUGAAAAGAGUAAACUGUUUGCAAAUCGAGCUGACACCCUCCUAACUAACUUAAAGUUGUACUUUCCUGGCCUCCCACAAACUGCUUUGGAUACGAACAAGAUUCAGUUCAACAAGGAUGUUGGGCAGUCAAUCCUUGAAAGCUACUCCAGGGUGAUGGAAAGCUUAGCCUUCAACUUAAUGGCUAGGAUUGAUGAUCUUCUAUGUGUUGAUGAUGCCACAAGACGACGACGUAUAGCAUCAGGGGGAAUAUCUAUACUCAGCCGGAGGGGAUCUACCGGUUCUCAUGCUUUCCAGAAGCAAAAAUUUGUCCAAGGCCAUUCACGAUCCAAAACUCUCGUUCACCAUUAA